UUUGUCUUUGGGGUAGGAAGGUAACUGAGAUAAGAAGUCAGGAGAUUCUGAGUAGGCAGAGGAUAGAAAGAGAAUGUACAAUGAGUUCAAUCCAUCAAAAUACAAUUUUUUUCUCACAAAUUAGCUGCUUGAGUUUUUUCUCAUAAAUUAGCUGCUUAAGUUUUUCAUUUGCUUUUUGUAAGAAGUCAUUUAGAAAGGCAAUUUUUGGUUCAUUUAACCUUUUAGAAGCCUCUGCAUGUCAAUCAAAAUACAUCCUGCUGUUUCUGAGGUGUUUUUUAUCUUUUCUUAGUAUUUUAUUUUAUUCCUUUCAGACCUAGUCCUGCAAAUAUCCUUUCUUUUCUAAUGUCUUGCAAGUGAACAAUUUUAUCUAGGUUAAAACUUCCUCACUUUGACCACUGUUAACUCUUAGAUUACCUUUGGUAGGUUCACCCAUUUCUCUGGAAAAGUGCAGACUCUGGGUUCACAGGUUCUUAUAUAUGAAAUUGGCUGGAGUUCCAGGUGGAGGAGUUUGGCUCCUUGGAUCCAAAUGAAGGCAUCGUUCCCUGUAUUCUCAUACCCUUUCCUACCAUAAGCCUCCUACUGGACUCAGUCCUGUUCCCAUAGGCCUUGUACUGGAUCCAGUCCCAGUUUCUGUCGUAACUUCUGGACCCAGCUCAAGUCAAAAAUGCUCAAAUAAACUUUAAAAAUUUGACACAAGUUGUAGAGUUUGCAUCCAAGCAGGGCCUACAAGUUGCAGCCUCCAAAUGUGCAAUGAGAAGCCGUGAGCACAAAUGGCUCAGUGUGUGAAGCAGGCCCACUGGGCACUGGUUACCAACCUGUUCUGAAUUCUCAUAAGCAACAAUUUACACGCAGCGCAUUUAUUACCUAUAGACAGGUGGUAGGGGACGAAGGCUAGGACUCACUGUGAGCCAAUCUCCCCAAAGCUCAGAAAGUUGCCCAGGUGGAUGAAGUCGCCACUGCACAUUCCUCACUUACACCACAGAUAAGAGAUCCCGAAGAGUGGACCACCCAGAUUACAUACCACAUGUCACAUGAAUCACUGGGCUAAAGUGUUGAAGGACCUUCUAUUUCCAGGUGAGCACUGGAACAGAGCCUGGGCUACUUCAGCCAGUCCCUCCCUACCUCAGGAUGUUGCAUCCCAGCUCGUUAUGCAGUUAACUCUUGAAAACUACAAAGGAAAAGGAGGGAGAACUGGGUAGGCCCAAGGCUAUCCAGAGAACUGUCCUGCACAAUGAAGCACCUGCAUCUGUUUAGUCACUGUUCCCAGAGGUCAUCAUUGAGGGAAUAGGGGGGGCCUUCAGAUCCCAUUUCUGACACCAGAACUGUUAAAAGAAAAACUUUACACAAAACAAAUUCCAUUUUAUUUGGGCAAAAAAACAAUUCACGAAUCAGGCAGCAUGCAGAAACAGAAGAGGUUCAGAGAGUUCCACUCGACAGCAAGAGCAGCAAGCUUUUAUAGACCCAACACGGAAGCAGAGAAAAUUACUUGAUUGGGUUUUGGUUUGCUUGCAUAGGAGCUGGUGUUACAGAGUUGAUCUCAAGCUAAUGGCCUCCUUAUCUGCUUUAGCACCCCACACCUGAACCCAAGGGAAAGCUUGAACGGAGCCCAGCACCCCAACAAACUAGUAUAUGUCUGGCGACAAACAACAGUGUUUUUACCAAGUAACCAUGACACGUACAUCUUCCUCAGCAGUGGCAGAGCAGUCUUGUAGAGUCAGAUAGGAAGAUGACGGCCUGGCCAUGCAUGCUCAGCUGCUGGCCCAGCUCAUUCUUCAGGCAUUAACCAGUAUUUGGCCCACAGUGUGAUAAGCACCAUUCUAGGCACUGAGGAUGCUAAGGUGACCCCAACAAUGUCCCUGAUCUCUUAAAGCUAAUUCUAGCGGGAUGCUGAACACAGGAUGUAACCUAAGGUGGUGAUGAGAGGUACACAGACAAAUCAGAAGGCACAAGUUAGCCACCAGUGAGGGGAAACUCCAGACAACGUAGACAUAUAAGGCCAGGUGAAGAAAUGGAUGACUGAGUUAAACUUGGAUAAGCAGCCUGACAAAGAAAAAGACAGAAGCAUGACCCAGUCAGGGGAAAGCACAACAAAAGACAUUUGGUGGCAACUGCCUGUUUCUUAAUUUCCAAAAAUCAGUUAAAGGUUCAUAUACAUUAUCUCAUUUCAACAUCACUGGUAGAAAGAUGCCAUUUUUAUGGAGGGGAUCUGAGGCCCAGAAAGGAGGCUACCUGUCAUCGUUUUCCAGUCAAGGGCAAACAUGGGGAUAUCCCAUCCCAUUCCCAAAGCCUAAGAUUUUGCACUGCAGCCCCUUUGUCUGACCGGAAAUUACUGAGCUAAAAGGGACCGAAAGAUCCGAAUGGAACCACCGAUGGGAAAACUGCGGCCCAGGAGGAAACACACCAAGCAAAAUCGCACCGCAUCCAGGUGGCCAGUCUCCAGACUGGGGUCUCCCUGCCCCGCCAGACCACCUCCCGGCGACAAGGGUCUCAGGUCUCCGAAAUCUCGCCACCCGCGAGUGAUCUGCGGCGCAGGGGCCUCUGCUGCCUCGGAAACCUUCAAAAGUGGGCGAGUCGGGGAACAAGUCCCCCUAGGGAUGGAGAAGGAAACGGGGCCAAGGAAAAGGACAUCGCCGCCCUGGGCAGAGCACGCACGGCGCCAGCGACUCGGACAUGAUGAGGGGCGCGGCGGCUCGGGGCGGACCCGAGGCCUCCACACGCGCGGCAGACUGCAGCAACCCGCCACCCACGAGGACUCGCCCAAGGCCCAGAGCGCGCCCGGCCCCUCCCUCCGACUCCGUCGCCGCCCGACUGGCCGCAGCGGAAGCCGGCGCGCGAUCCCACGCUGCGCUUUCGCCACGUUCCUGACGGCUGCCCGAUAAAACGGACACUAAAAUUGCACUUUCCACUGAAUACAGCAGCGCCUAUUGUGGCGGCACACCUGAAUGCGAAAAUUAAAGCCAAAAUAUUUCCUAGCGGCAAAAAGAGCUCCAAUCCAUGGCGAAUCUACCGGUCCGCUCGCCGGAAAUGCGGGCUCUCCUGCCGGAAGCUGCCCCUCCACCAUUUUGUGGCCCGCUAUGGCGGCGGUGUUGAGAUUGGGUCCGGGAUGCGGGGCCUUUGACUGAAGGGGUAGGUCAAGUGGAGGUAUCAGGGACGUCGCGUGGCACAGAAGAGGACCAGCCUGGACGCGGGGGACGCUGUCAUGUACGGCGCGGGCGGGGGCCGCGCCAAACCCGAGAGGAAAAGCGGCGCGAAGGAGGAGGCCGGGCCAGGCGGUGCCGGCGCUGGGGGCAGCCGAGUGGAGCUCUUGGUUUUCGGCUAUGCCUGCAAGCUGUUCCGGGACGACGAGCGGGCCCUGGCUCAGGAACAGGGACAGCACCUCAUCCCCUGGAUGGGGGACCACAAGAUCCUCAUCGACAGAUAUGAUGGACGUGGUCACCUGCAUGACCUUUCUGAGUACGAUGCUGAGUAUUCCACGUGGAACAGAGAUUAUCAGCUGUCUGAAGAGGAGGCGCGAAUAGAGGCCCUGUGUGAUGAAGAGAGGUAUUUAGCCUUGCAUACGGACUUGCUUGAGGAGGAGGCAAGGCAAGAGGAAGAAUACAAGCGAUUGAGUGAAGCACUAGCAGAGGAUGGGAGCUACAAUGCCGUGGGGUUCACUUACGGUAGCGACUAUUACGACCCGUCAGAGCCGACGGAGGAGGAGGAGCCUUCCAAACAGAGAGAAAAAAAUGAGGCUGAAAAUUUAGAGGAAAAUGAAGAGCCCUUCGUUGCCCCCUUAGGAUUGAGCGUCCCGUCUGACGUGGAGCUGCCACCAACCGCUAAAAUGCACGCCAUCAUCGAGCGCACGGCCAGCUUCGUGUGCAGGCAGGGAGCACAGUUUGAGAUCAUGCUGAAGGCCAAGCAGGCCCGGAACUCCCAGUUCGACUUUCUGCGCUUCGACCACUACCUCAACCCCUACUAUAAGUUCAUCCAGAAAGCCAUGAAAGAGGGACGCUACACCGUCCUGGCAGAAAACAAAAGUGACGAGAAAAAAAAAUCAGGAGUCAGCUCUGACAAUGAAGAUGAUGAUGAUGAAGAAGAUGGGAAUUACCUGCAUCCCUCUCUCUUUGCCUCCAAGAAGUGUAACCGCCUUGAAGAGCUGAUGAAGCCCUUGAAGGUAGUGGACCCAGAUCAUCCCCUCGCAGCACUUGUUCGUAAGGCACAGGCUGACAGUUCCACUCCCACCCCACACAACGCAGAUGGUGCGCCUGUGCAGCCCUCCCAGGUGGAGUACACGGCAGACUCGACCGUGGCAGCCAUGUAUUACAGCUACUACAUGCUACCGGACGGCACUUACUGCCUGGCGCCGCCCCCUCCCGGAAUCGACGUGGCCACUUACUACAGCACCCUUCCUGCUGGCGUGACCGUGUCUAACUCCCCCGGAGUGACGACCACCGCCCCACCACCUCCUGGGACCACACCACCGCCACCCCCAACCACAGCAGAGACAAGCAGCGGGGCCACCUCCACAACCACCACCACAAGUGCACUUGCCCCCGUGGCCGCCAUCAUCCCCCCGCCCCCCGACGUCCAGCCCGUGAUUGACAAGCUGGCCGAGUAUGUCGCCAGGAACGGCCUGAAGUUCGAGACCAGUGUUCGUGCCAAGAAUGAUCAAAGAUUUGAGUUCCUGCAGCCGUGGCACCAGUAUAAUGCCUAUUAUGAGUUUAAGAAGCAGUUCUUCCUCCAGAAAGAAGGGGGCGAUAGCACGCAGGCUGUGUCUGCACCAGAAGAGGCUGCCACAGACUCUGCUCCCGAGAAGCCAAGUGACGCUGGGGAGGAUGGCGCACCUGAAGACGCAGCCGAGGUGGGAGCACGGGCAGGCUCAGGCGGGAAGAAGGAGGCAUCGUCCAGUAAGAGCGUCCCGGACGGGAAGCUGGUGAAAGCUUCCUUUGCUCCAAUAAGCUUUGCAAUCAAGGCCAAAGAAAAUGAUCUGCUUCCCCUGGAAAAAAAUCGUGUUAAGCUAGAUGAUGACAGUGAUGAUGAUGAAGAAAGCCAAGAAGGCCAAGAAAGUUCUAGUAGUGCUGCAAACACUAACCCAGCAGCUGCCCCACCCUGUGUAGUUGUUGAGGAGAAGAAGCCUCAACUUACCCAGGAGGAGCUAGAAGCAAAGCAAGCAAAGCAAAAGCUGGAAGAUCGCCUUGCGGCUGCUGCCCGGGAAAAGCUGGCCCAGGCGUCUAAGGAGUCAAAAGAGAAACAGCUUCAAGCAGAACGUAAAAGGAAAGCGGCGUUAUUUUUACAGACCCUCAAAAAUCCUCUGCCGGAAGCAGAAGCUGGGAAAAUUGAGGAGAGUCCUUUCAGCGUCGAGGAAUCCAGCACUACGCCCUGCCCUCUACUGACUGGAGGCAGACCUCUGCCUACUUUAGAAGUUAAACCACCCGAUAGGCCUUCGAGCAAAAGCAAAGAUCCACCAAGAGAAGAAGAGAAAGAAAAGAAAAAGAAAAAGCACAAAAAGAGAUCUCGAACAAGAUCGCGUUCUCCCAAGUACCAUUCGUCAUCCAAGUCCAGGUCUAGAUCACACUCAAAAGCAAAGCAUUCUCUUCCCAGUGCCUAUCGGACAGUGCGGCGGUCGAGAGCCACAGCCUCCCCAGGGACGCUGCGCGCGGAGCCCUGUCAGAGCAGCACAUCAGUGACAGCGGCAGCCGAGCCAGGAAGUUAUCAGGCAGCCUCGACCACCACCAGAUUUGACUCCGCGAGCUCUUUUGAGGGAAAACCUGGUAAAACGUCAAGGUCCCGCUCCCGGUCCCCUCGGAGGAGAGCCCACUCCCCUGAGAGACGGAGGGAAGAGAGGAGUGUGCCCACUGCCUACCGCGUGAGCAGCAGCCCCGGGGCCAGCAGGAAGCGGACCCGCUCCAGAAGUCCCCACGAGAAGAAGAAGAAGAGGCGGUCCCGGUCGCGGACCAAGUCCAAGGCCAGGUCUCAGUCGGUGUCACCCAGCAAGCAGGCAGCUCCCCGGCCCGCGGCCCCCUCGGCCCACUCGGCCAGCGUCUCCCCUGUGGAGAGUCGGGGCUCCAGCCAGGAGCGCUCCAGGGGGGUCUCUCAGGAAAAAGAAGCGCAGAUCUCUUCAGCAAUUGUUUCUUCCGUGCAGAGCAAAAUCACUCAGGAUCUCAUGGCCAAAGUCAGAGCGAUGCUUGCAGCUUCCAAAAACCUGCAAACCAGCGCCUCCUGAGACAGGGCCAGCGGAGGCAGAGCCGGGAGGCUGCGUGGGCUUCUGGGCAGGCUCACGCGGACGCUGGCCACACCAUCCACCUGGCCGCCUCCGUGGACCCUUGGUGGCUUUUGUAAAUUAAUUUUUGAUGACAUUUUAAGUUUUAAGAUUUCUGACCAGCAGUCUCUUACCUGUAUAUUUGUAAAUAUAUCAUGUUUCUGUGAAAAUGUAUUAUGAAAUAAAAUGGGAGGAAACACCUUUUCUAGCUAGA